UAGAUUUGGUUGAAGUCACAGAUGCCAUAUUCUUCAUCUUUAUAAUGCAAGUUUUCUUUCCAGGUAGAAGGACAAGAAAAUAAUGAGCCAAUGCCAUAGAAACGCAAAGGGUUAAAGGUUUUUCUUUUACUUUUGUUUUGGGUACGCUUUCUAUACUUGGAACAAAUGUGUUUUUCUGCUCAAAAUACUUUCAAACUAUUGAAAGUUUUCAUUCCAAAUCCUAGACUUUUGGGCUUGUUACUUUUGAGAAACUGUUUCUCACAUUAGAGCUCCCCUCAUAUUGCUCUAAAUAUAGUUUAGUAAAUGCACCUACUUUGCUCUAAGCAUACUUAAAGUUAAAACAAAAGUAUGUAUACAAAGACUUUGAUAUUUUUAAUAGUGGAGUCUGUUUUGCUAAUUUUAGUGUGCAGGUCAGCACAAGGGGCAUAGUGAGCCUGAUGGAAGCUUUCCUCAGGUGAGUUUCAAAAACAAAAUUAGGUGCCUGUUUCUUAGAAUUAGAUUCUGCUGCAGGUUUACAAAUUAGACUUUCAGCCUGCAUGAAUUAGUAGGGAUAUUCUUUUUUUACUUGCAUAAUUGUAAUUGAUUUAAACAUGUAUGUCAGAAUUCACAGGCCCAUACUAACUGUCCUUAAUUUCUUUCCUACAGCAGUACUGCUAUAUGCCAGUCCUGUCUGCAUUCUUAAGGGUGCAGUUCAACACAUCCUCUCUAGAUUAUGGUGAAAAAGUAUUCCAAAGGAAGUCUUAUCAGAGCUAGUGUCAGAAAGAAUGACACUAUCAAUUGGGCAUGAUCUUCAGCAUAGGAAAUGUCUUGGAAUUUUAUUAUUUUUUCCUAAAUUGUGAUGCUAUACUACUGGUAUAGCUAAUUAUCACAUUUCUAAAACAUAGUGUGCCUCUGUGAAUCUUGUUAUAUACUGUUUGGGCUUCUUUAAGAUAUUUUGAAGUUUGAAAGCAAAUGCUGAAACUUGAACCAAGAGACUAACACAUCUCUUUGUACACCACUUUUCUUCUGUGUGCAACAUAAUAACUGGUAGAAGUAAUAUAUUUCAAGUAAUAUGUUUCCGAUUGUAAUUUAUACUUUCUAAGAAAAUGUUUUUGGGUCAACGAAGCUUAAAAAGAAUGAAGCCCUUUUUAGUAACAUGACAUCAGAGUAAGAUGAUAGGUGUAUUUUAAAAGUCAGAUUUUCUAAACUGCAACUGUUUUAGAACGUUAUAUGGAGAACUUCUCUAGAUAUAGUUAUUUGUAGUCAGGAUUUUAACAGCUUGCAACAGGUAAUGUUUUGAAUAUAAAUAUCUUUCCAAAGUGUUACUAAUGGUAAAGAGAUAAUUUUCUAGGCUUCUAUUCUGCUGCUUGAAGUCAGAACUGCUGAUGGAGACAAAGGCACGAAAGUGUACGUAUUCCGGAUUAGCAACCCAGGAACCCAUCACUUCUGAAGACUCUAAACUGUGCUGUCAUUUUGUUUUUAUAUGCAUUAAAAUAUUUGUUUUAAACUGCUGUAGAUAUGUUUGUGUUCAAACAGGUUAAAUUGAUCAGCAAACUCAAUAAAAAGUAAGAUGUAUAAUUAUUAAAGCUUUCCAUCAAAAAAUAAAUUAAAUGAUUAUGCAAUAACAUAACAUUAGAGCAGGGCAGAUAAAUCAUUUUAACCUAAUUAUCUUUUAUUUAUUGUACUCUUGUCCUGUUGCUGUUCUUUUCUGCAGGAGGGAAGACCCCUGAUCCUAAAAUGAACGCUAGGACUUACAUGGAUGUAAUGCGAGAACAGCAUUUAACUAAAGAAGAGAGAGAAAUUAGGCAGCAGCUAGCAGAAAAAGCUAAAGCUGGAGAACUAAAAGUUGUCAAUGGAGCAGCAGCAUCUCAGCCUCCCUCAAAACGAAAACGGCGUUGGGAUCAAACAGCCGAUCAGACUCCUGGUGCCACUCCCAAAAAGCUGUCAAGUUGGGAUCAAGCAGAGACCCCUGGACAUACCCCUUCCUUAAGAUGGGAUGAGACACCAGGUCGUGCAAAGGGAAGUGAGACCCCUGGAGCAACCCCCGGCUCAAAAAUAUGGGAUCCUACACCUAGUCACACACCAGCGGGAGCUGCUACUCCGGGACGUGGGGACACACCUGGCCAUGCGACACCAGGCCAUGGAGGCGCAACUUCGAGUGCUCGUAAAAACAGAUGGGAUGAGACCCCCAAAACAGAAAGAGAUACUCCUGGACAUGGUAGUGGAUGGGCUGAGACCCCUCGAACAGAUCGAGGUGGAGAUUCAAUUGGUGAAACACCAACUCCUGGAGCCAGUAAAAGAAAGUCACGUUGGGAUGAAACACCAGCCAGUCAGAUGGGUGGAAGCACUCCUGUUCUGACCCCUGGAAAGACACCAAUUGGCACACCAGCCAUGAACAUGGCUACCCCUACUCCAGGUCACAUAAUGAGUAUGACUCCUGAACAGCUUCAGGCUUGGCGGUGGGAAAGAGAAAUUGAUGAGAGAAAUCGCCCACUUUCUGAUGAGGAAUUAGAUGCUAUGUUUCCAGAAGGAUACAAGGUACUUCCCCCUCCAGCUGGUUAUGUUCCUAUUCGAACUCCAGCUCGGAAGCUGACAGCAACUCCAACACCUUUGGGUGGCAUGACUGGUUUCCACAUGCAAACUGAAGAUAGGACGAUGAAAAGCGUUAAUGACCAACCAUCUGGAAAUCUUCCAUUUUUAAAACCCGAUGAUAUUCAGUACUUUGAUAAACUUUUGGUUGAUGUUGAUGAAUCAACACUUAGUCCAGAAGAGCAAAAAGAGAGAAAAAUAAUGAAACUGCUUUUAAAAAUUAAGAAUGGAACACCUCCAAUGAGAAAGGCCGCGUUGCGUCAGAUCACUGAUAAAGCUCGAGAAUUUGGAGCUGGUCCUUUGUUUAAUCAGAUUCUUCCUCUCCUGAUGUCUCCUACACUUGAGGAUCAGGAGCGUCAUUUACUUGUGAAAGUUAUUGAUCGAAUAUUAUACAAACUUGAUGACUUAGUUCGACCAUAUGUGCACAAGAUCCUCGUGGUCAUUGAACCAUUGUUGAUUGAUGAAGAUUACUAUGCCAGAGUGGAAGGUCGAGAGAUUAUUUCUAAUUUGGCAAAGGCUGCUGGUCUGGCUACUAUGAUCUCUACCAUGAGACCUGAUAUUGAUAACAUGGAUGAGUAUGUCCGUAACACAACAGCUAGAGCUUUUGCUGUUGUAGCCUCUGCCCUGGGCAUUCCUUCAUUGUUGCCCUUCUUAAAAGCUGUGUGUAAAAGCAAGAAGUCCUGGCAAGCGAGACACACUGGUAUUAAGAUUGUUCAGCAGAUCGCUAUUCUUAUGGGCUGUGCCAUCUUGCCACAUCUCAGAAGUCUAGUCGAAAUCAUUGAGCAUGGUCUUGUGGAUGAGCAACAGAAAGUUCGGACAAUUAGUGCUUUGGCCAUUGCUGCCUUGGCUGAAGCUGCAACUCCGUAUGGUAUUGAGUCUUUUGAUUCUGUGUUAAAGCCUCUGUGGAAGGGUAUCCGCCAACACAGAGGAAAGGGUCUGGCUGCUUUCUUAAAAGCUAUUGGGUAUCUCAUUCCUCUUAUGGAUGCAGAAUAUGCCAACUACUAUACCAGAGAAGUGAUGCUGAUCCUCAUUCGAGAAUUUCAGUCUCCUGAUGAAGAAAUGAAGAAAAUUGUGCUGAAGGUGGUAAAGCAGUGUUGUGGAACAGAUGGUGUAGAAGCAAACUACAUCAAAACAGAGAUUCUUCCGCCUUUUUUUAAACACUUCUGGCAACACCGAAUGGCUUUGGAUAGAAGAAAUUACCGUCAGUUAGUUGAUACUACUGUGGAGUUGGCAAACAAAGUAGGUGCGGCAGAAAUUAUAUCUAGGAUUGUGGAUGAUCUGAAAGAUGAAGCUGAACAGUACAGAAAAAUGGUGAUGGAGACAAUUGAGAAGAUUAUGGGCAACUUGGGAGCCGCAGAUAUUGAUCAUAAACUUGAAGAACAGCUGAUUGACGGCAUUCUUUAUGCAUUCCAGGAGCAGACUACAGAGGACUCAGUAAUGUUGAAUGGCUUUGGCACAGUGGUCAAUGCUCUCGGCAAACGAGUCAAACCUUACUUGCCUCAGAUCUGUGGUACAGUUUUGUGGCGUUUAAAUAACAAAUCGGCAAAAGUUAGGCAACAGGCAGCCGACCUGAUCUCUCGAACUGCUGUUGUCAUGAAGACUUGUCAAGAGGAAAAAUUGAUGGGGCACUUGGGCGUUGUUUUGUAUGAAUAUUUGGGUGAAGAGUACCCUGAAGUAUUGGGCAGCAUUCUUGGAGCACUGAAGGCCAUUGUAAAUGUAAUAGGUAUGCAUAAGAUGACCCCACCAAUUAAGGAUCUCCUGCCUAGACUCACCCCCAUCUUAAAGAACAGGCAUGAAAAAGUACAAGAGAAUUGUAUCGAUCUUGUCGGACGUAUUGCUGACAGGGGAGCUGAAUAUGUGUCUGCGAGAGAAUGGAUGAGGAUUUGCUUUGAGCUUUUGGAGCUCUUAAAAGCUCACAAAAAAGCUAUUCGGAGAGCCACAGUCAACACAUUUGGCUACAUUGCAAAGGCCAUUGGCCCUCAUGAUGUUUUGGCUACACUUUUAAAUAACCUUAAAGUUCAGGAAAGGCAGAACAGAGUUUGUACCACUGUAGCAAUAGCUAUCGUCGCAGAAACAUGUUCACCCUUCACAGUACUACCUGCCUUAAUGAAUGAAUACAGAGUUCCUGAGCUGAAUGUUCAAAACGGAGUGUUAAAAUCACUUUCCUUCUUAUUUGAAUAUAUUGGUGAAAUGGGAAAGGACUACAUUUAUGCUGUAACACCAUUGCUUGAAGAUGCUUUAAUGGAUAGGGACCUUGUACACAGGCAGACGGCUAGUGCGGUGGUGCAGCACAUGUCACUCGGGGUGUAUGGAUUUGGUUGUGAAGAUUCACUGAAUCACUUGUUGAACUAUGUAUGGCCCAAUGUGUUUGAGACCUCUCCACAUGUGAUUCAGGCGGUUAUGGGAGCCCUGGAGGGCCUGAGAGUUGCUAUCGGACCAUGUAGAAUGUUGCAGUAUUGUUUACAGGGUCUGUUUCACCCGGCCCGGAAAGUCAGAGACGUGUACUGGAAGAUUUACAACUCCAUCUACAUUGGUUCUCAGGACGCGCUCAUAGCACAUUACCCAAGAAUCUACAAUGAUGAUAAGAACACCUAUAUUCGUUAUGAACUUGACUAUAUCUUAUAACUUUAUUGUUUAUGUUGUGUUUAAUGCACAGCUGUUUCACCUCUUAAACUUGCUUCGAUUUGGUGAUAUAAACUUUUAAACAUUGCAGAUCAGGUAGAACUGGUCAUAGAGGAAGAGCUAGAAAUCAGUAGCAUGAUUUUUAAAUAACCCGUCUUUGUUUUUGAUGUUAAACAGUAAACGCCAGUAGUGACCAAGAACACAGUGAUUACACACGCUAUACUGGAGGGAUUUCAUUUUUAAUUCAUCUUUAUGAGAAUUUAGAAUUCAUUCCUUGUGUUUAAAGGGAAUGUUUAAUUGAGAAAUAAACAUUUGUGUACAAAAUGCUAACUUGUGUGUGUUUUUUGAACAUGACUUGUAAAAUGCGGAACUUUGAUGAAGUAUUGGUUUGUGUAGAAUAAGUGGCUUAAUUUUAUUUUCUGUUACCUGGUUUAUAGAAAGUAGUUAGCAGAAUAUAAACUAUAUAAAGUGAUGGCAUCUUUGUCAAAUUCCAUUGUUCUGUUGAUAAUGACAUCAAGAAGAGUAGCUUUGAGGGUUCACCUCAAACUAGCACAACCGUUCAUCACCAUAGAACUAAUAGCACCUUUGCUGACCUGUCUUGCAUAAUACUAUUUUGCACUUACAUAGCGCCUUUCAUCUCUUGAUUUCUCAAAAUGCUUUAUGAACAUGUUUAAGAGAAGUGAUUCAAGUCCUAACUCUUGAGUUAGUAGUUAGAAGGUGGGGAAGGUAUCCUUACUUCAAAACUGCUUUCUACCUAAGUAUUGCUAAUAGAAUAAGACAAUCUUUGGGCUCUUUCCCGUGUCAUAAGCCACUACUCAACAAUGUAUUCAGAAAAUACUUGUUGAAUACCUAUUGUAUACCAGUCACUGUGCUUAGUGUAGGGGAUGCAAAGGUGCUUUUGACCUGCCCCUUGCCCUUAAGAAAUGCGGAAUAGUGGAAAAGAGGAGACACAUCUAGUUGCCUAUUACGUACUGUGGUUAAAAUGUCUGGGUUUGCUUAAAUUGAUCUGUAGGUGUCAAGCAUAAAUCAAAAUCGUUUAAUUCUAGAGGAACCAAGCAUUAAAGCAGUACUUACUAUGUUUUGGCAAUGACUUUAAAUACAUUUUCAGCUUUUCCUAAUUUUCUGACCAAAAUUUUCUUCAUAGUCCUUUUACUGCCCACAGUAGUGUUGUCUCCUUUGGUUAGUACUUCAGUGAAGUCUAAUGAGAAACGAGAUUGUGCAGCAGGGUCAGCCUGGGAUGACUCUGCAGCUGUGAGGAAAACUGGUCCACUGGGACGAGGAGGUUGGUUCCUCCAACUGUGAACACUUAGGGCCUCCUGUUUUGGAGGCUCACACGACGCUUUGCAAUUGGCUGACUCUUAAAAAUGAAUACUGAGCAUUAGCUGACACUUCAGGCGGAAUUUUUAACUCCUUACUGUUCUUGUGUAACAUAACUGUGACAACAUGUCAGUGUGUGCUAAAACAAAUUGGCCAAAUCAUCUUUUUAAUUCUUGAAAUUUUUGUAAUAGUAGCCCCCGUGUAACUUUGUAUGUUGCUCUUCCCUGUAGUUAAUGUCAAAUGACUCUUAGUAAUUUCUAAUCGUGAGAAUUGAGGAAAAUGAUUAGGCUUCAAAGCCAAAAUUUGUUUUAAACCAGUCUUGGAUAAAUUUAGUUGUAUUUUCACUUCAAGUACUUGGGUAACUUCAGUUUGCUUGGGCCCUGGCUCUUUAUGGAAAAUAAAUCCGCUUUGUAGUGGCGAUGUGGAACAAAGGAGACUGCCUGAUCUGACUUUUACUGAUGCAAAUAAUUUGAAGACAGGUGAGGGGAAUAUGGCAGUGACCUUAAAGGAUGGGACCAAAUAAAGGCUCAUAGACGUUUGGAUAAUUUUGUACGCUUACUAUUGAAUAAGGAAAGCAUUUUGUGACAUACCCUUGUGAAAGACGCUAUGUAAAGUUUUAACUUUCAGAAGACUUUUUCUUUCGCACUUUCUUUUGGUGUUUCUUAAAGCCAAACUUAAGCAGGAAGAAAAUGUUCUUAAGGGGAGACAGUGGGUGGGUUUUUCUGUGGGCUUCUGUUGGUUCUUCUGGGGCCCUCCGAUGGAAUUGAUCUCUUUGGCUGUUCAAUUUUUUCAUAAUUGUAUUUUUAAAAUUUGUUGUACGGUGCCCUGUGAGCAUCAAGUACCACCAGAUGAAUAAAACUUAUUAUAUCUAAA